AUGACAAAUUUAAUGCCUUUACUUUCAGCCAUCUACCUCAACAAACGUUUACUCAGGAACGAACAAAAGCACGGGCUAGAAGAAGAUGAAGCCGAAUCAUAUAAUAGAUUCGCCGAAUUAUUAGGCCAUAUGUGGGGAUUUAUUACGCAACAAGCAGAAAUGCAACUAAAACAGCAAAAGGAGAAGAAAAAGGCUGACAAGGUAGUUUACGACUCGGAAGAACGAGCGUUCUGGAGGCUUCGACGACCGUGUCAUCCGGAUUUUCUUGAACAACACGUUCAAAAGGUAGAUCGAAGGCUACGAAAAGCCACAGCACAAGGAUACCGUAAUCUUGUCGAACGACUUAAGUUCUCUUUGAAAACAAAACCAUGGUUAAAAGCAUUGAAAGCAUCAGACACUAUGGUACAAUGGGUAGACGAACGGGUAGACUACGAUCCAUUUCUAACCGUUCCACAGCCAUCAAAUCCGUGGAUUACCGACGAUACGAAUCUAUGGACACUGAAUACCGACACGUGA